AUGACAAGCCUUGGAUUCAAAACAAUCAACAAACUUUCAGACUUGCCACCAACCACUUCAAAACCAUACUAUGUUCAAUUCUCGUGUAUGAUUGUAUCGGUUAAAUUAGGUAACCCUAAUAGAAUCUUUGUUACUGAUUUUACUCGAAAUAGACACAUGGAACAAAGUUUUGUGAAUGAAAAUUGGAUCCAAGACUAUUCUGAUAGGAUUCCAAAUGAUCAGAUAUUACUGUUGAACAUAUACAAGGAGAAAUUUGAUCCUUUUGCUAAACGUUAUGGUCUUUUAAGAGGAGAACCAUUACCAGUGGGAAGUUUAGCUGUUAAUGUCUUACCUAAAGCCAUUUUCUGUACAGUCAAGGCCAAAAUAAAAUCUUAUAAUGGUGUUCUGGAUGCUAUUCCUAGUCAAAUUGAUCUGUUGAGUAUUAGAAAUAAUAUUGAUUAUUCAUUACCACUUUAUGAUAAUGUGUUCACAAAUAUACCAAUUGAUUAUAUACUAGAGAAUAAGGAACACUUCAAACAUACAUUCUCUGAACAACAAAUACAAAAUAAAUUACUUGACCCUUCAGCACCUCUGGUUAUUGGCAUAGAUAGACAAUUUGCUACUCAACCUCAACCACAUAUCUCACAACGUCAAACCUAUCAACAACCUCAAGUACAUUAUACACAACCUCAACAACAAUCCCAAAUACGGAGAACACAAACAUCCCAAGGUGUAAUGAAUCAUCAGACGAAUCUUGAAUCAUCGCCAGUGACAUCAACAAGACAAAAUUUUGGCUAUUCAGAAACAAAUACACCAGAUAGUUCAUUUGUGGAAAACACACCGAGUCGUUCAUUUAAAUUAUCAUCAGCAGCAGAUUUACCUUCAGAUUCUACACACAAUAGAGAUUAUGAAACUAAUCAAAGUCCACAUACUCAAGUACAAGCAACAUUUGAUGAAAGAAAUAUUGGAAUCAUUAAAAACUUGAAUAAAAUUGAUCAAAUAGAUGGUAAAGUUUAUGAAGUUAAAGGUGCAAUAGUGGAAUUCGAACCGUUACUGAAUCAACUUUGUGUAAAAUAUGAUAUGAAUAAACCACCAAUUUUACAACCUUUAAGCAUUAUCAUUGUGGAUUCUAAUAAUUCAGAUCAACCAUUUGAUGAAACUCAACUACUAAAAAUUACAUUUACAACAAAAUCCGAAAUUUUUAAUUUCUUGGGUAUGCAUGAAAUUGAAGAAGUUUAUAUAAAAUCACAACAAAUCUAUAAAGCUUUUGAUAGAAUCUUAAAAUCCAGAAAUAUAUUCAGUUUCAAAGUCACAAGAAGAUUGAUUAAAAUUAAUGGUAUCAAAGGUUUAAAUAAUUCUAUAUUAGGAUGGGAAGCACAAAAAUUAUCACUAGAAAGUUUACUUGAUCAAAUAUAA